CAAGUGACCUCAGCCACUCCUCAUAUGGGUUCCCCUCACAGCCCUUCACCAUCUUUGUUGCCCCCCUUUGGACACUCUAUUAACAGCUUAAUGUCUUUCUUUGUGUGGCACCCAGACCCGCCCCAGCACUCAAGGUGAGGCUGCCCCAGUGCAGAGCAGAGUGGGACAAUCCCUCCCUUGCCCAGCUGUGAUGCUGUGCCUGAUGCACCCCAGGACACAGGUGGCACUCCUGGCUGCCAGGGCACUGCUGAACCAUGUUCAGCUUCCCAUUGGCAGGACUCGCAGGCCACUUUCCAGAGUGCCUCUCAUUCCCCAGUUAUACACACAUCCAGAAUUGCCAUGUCCCAGGUACAGUAUCUGGUACUUGUCUGUGGUAGGUCAAUUGCUUAAUAGUGUCCACCCCUCUUCUGGCCGUGUGGCCUUGUGAUUGUCUGGCAGAGCUAGCCUGUGCAUGAUGGCUGCUGUGCUCCUUUGUCAGCACUUUUUGACAAUGUCAUGCCGUGUAUGUUUCAUACCAUAUUAUGCUUGGCUUGCACAACCGUGGCCCUACAACUCUACCCAGAAGUGUCAUGGUCUCCAGAGAUGAGCCACUGAGUUGUGCAUUCUAGCUUGUAGGGGGAGGGAGUUUGAAUAGUAAAAGCCAGUGAUUUUUGUUUGUGUAUAUAAGAAUUCUUUUUUUUCCCCUUUUUUUUUCUUUUGGAGGCAGGGGUAUAGGUGAAGAUGCAGGAGCCAGAAUUUGUUGCAAAAGCCCUGCGAGCUGUUCUUCAUGCCUUUAAAAAUGGCAUACGUUUGUCAGAACUUCAGAGUGAAUACAGAUCCCUGACCAAUGAGUUGAUUCCCUUCAGGCACCUAGGAUAUGACACACUGGAAGGCUACUUGGAGAGUAUCCCAGGAGUGGUCAGAAUGGAAGAGAACAAAAUGGGAGAGGUCAUUUGCCAUGCUGUUAGUUGCAGUGAAACUGUGCGAGUUGCUCAACUGGUGGCCCGACAGAGGAGUUCCAAGAAGAAAACAGUCCGGCAGGUGAACUGUCAGAUGAGGCUGAAGAACACAUCUCCAGUCAGUUUAUCAGGAAAGCCCAAAGGAACUUUGCGUCAACCUCGGUCUUUGAGCAUGCCAGAAGAAGGCAGUAAGAGGCCUGUUCCUCGCCUGCCCCGAGGCAGAGAAGUGGCAUGUGGAGGUGUGAAACCUGUUGUGGAGAGUGCCCGAUCUGCCUUACCUUCAGCUGCUGGGAGUGGACCACCUAAAGAAAUCCCCAUGCAGAGGCAUGUCACUGUGGUAAACAGGUCUGAGAAGAGACUGACUGUCCCACCACGGUUUCAAAAGGAGCUGCAAGUUCACCUGUCCAGAAGCUCUUCCACAGAAUCAAGUGAUAGUUUGAACACUGCAGAGACACAUACUGUUGCCCCUGGCUCUUCUGCUGCUGAUGUCCAUGAAGUUCAAAGUCGCAUUAAGGAGCUUCUGAGCAAGUACAGCAAUGGGGUCAGGAUAUCAAAGAUGCCUCAGAUCUAUCAGGAAAUGUACUGGGAAGACCUUAGCCCAGAAGUGCUCUAUCAGCUUGAGAACUGGCCUCAUGUGUGCACAGUGGAGAAAAUACACAGAAUAGAUCCAAUGGAUGGGCUUAUUUAUCCUGCUAAGAAAAUAGCAAAAAAUGAUACUGAGCAAGAAAAGGCAUCUCAGAAUGUUUCUUCAUCAAAGGCAGACCCUUUGUUAAAACCAAAUACAGAGACCACACCUGCAUCACUCAGUAGUGACUUCAAGGCAAAAGUUGUUAGCAUCUUGCUGAAGUACUCCAGUGGUCUUUGGGCUCAUGCACUUCCCAAAAUGUAUCAAGACGCUUACCAAGUAAAAUUUCCAGAAGACAUUCUAAAUAAUCUGGAGUUGCUGUCAGAUAUAUGUACUGUGGACUAUGUAUCUGGAGUCCCCAGAAAGGCGAUCCUCUAUCCUAAGCCCCAAAGAUGCAUUGAUGAAAGUCUGAGUGUCACUGAGAAAGUCAAGAGGCAUGGUGGUGUGAAGGCCACAGCUGAACAGCAGUAUGAAGAAUCCAAGGACCAGUAUCUAGAAAACAUAACUGUUCCUCCUCUUACCAUUCCAUCAGAAGGAUCUGUGUCCAUCAUGGUGAUAGAAUUGAAAAACACUAAUGAAGUCCUGAUUAGGUAUGUGGGCAAAGGGUAUUCUUCUGCCCAGGAACAAAUGGAAGAUGAAAUGAAAGCAUACUACAAUCAGAACAGUACAGUGUCACCAGCUCAGUCUCUGAGUGUUGGGCAACUUGUUGCAGUAAAUGCUGAAGAAGAUGCCUGGUUGCGUGCCCGGAUAAUUUCUCUAGAAGACAACAGAGUAAAGGUAUUCUAUGUUGAUCAUGGCUUCACUGAGUUUGUUGAAAGCAGCAGUGUGUGCAGACUACAGAAACAGUUCAGAUCGCUUCCAUUUCAAGCUACAAAAUGUAAACUGGCAGGACUGGAGGCCUUCUGUGAUGAUCCUGUCCUAGUAAAGGCUGUGGAAUCACAGACAUGCUUCAAGAUAUUUGCUGUGGAAAUACUGGAAAAGAGUGAUACUCCUCUUCUUGUUCUCUAUGACACUUCUGGAGAAGAUGAUAUCAACAUCAAUGCUACUUGUCUGAAGGCAUUGUAUGACAAGUCCCUUGAACUGCACCUACAGGUAGAUGCACUAUACACCAAUGUCAGAGUAACCAAUGUUUCCUCUGAUGGGAGCCUGUAUUGUCAAGUGCCAUCCAAAGGCUUGUCUAGACUUUCUGAAAUAUUGCAGAAACUUGAAGACUACUUUCUUUACAAGACAUCUGAGUUCAGUGUAUUGCUACCUUUCUGUGGCAAAAUCUGCUUGUUUCCUUCCAAAGGAAAAUGGGCACGUGUAGAGAUUAAAAUUAUUCACACUAGACGGGCACUUGAUGUGCAGUUUAUGGAUAUUGGAACAGUUGCAACUGUAAAAGUAUCAGAGCUCAAAGAAAUCCCACCACAAUUCCUGAGAGAAGUAAUUGCAAUACCUCCUCAGGCAUUAAAAUGCUGUCUGGCAGAUCUGCCUCCUAACACUGGCAUGUGGACUCCAGAUGCUGUACUGUGGCUGAGAGAUGCUGUAACAAAUUGUCCUGAGUUUAGCAUGAAAGUGAUUAAACAGGAUGCUUCAAAAGGAAUUGCGCACAUUUACUUGUUUGCUCCAGAGAAUUUCCCAGAUGUGGAUCAUAGCAUCAAUAGACAGAUCAAAAAUGCAGACUUGUGGAAGCAUCAGAAAGAUGUUUUCUUGAGUGUGACACCCAGUGGGAUUAGCUCCACAAAAACUAUGUGUGAUGCUGUUUCAGCUCUACAGUUAUCUAGUGGGAAGCUGGAGAAGAGUUUCCCUGAUUCGGGCAGAGAACCCAGCAGUGCAGUGUCCACCAUUGAUAUGCCGCCUCCUCUACCCUUGCCAAAGCCUGGUGACCUCAUGGAUAUCUACGUCUCGGUGGCCUGCCAUCCCGGUCAUUUCAUUGUCCAGCCUUGGAAUGAGCUAAACAAUCUGUACGCCCUAAUGGAAGAAAUGAUCUUGUACUACAGCAGGGCAGAAGCGAAACCUGUGACCAUUGAAAAAAACAAGCUGUAUGCAGCUAAAAUUGGAGAUGAGUGGUACAGGGUCAUAAUAAAAGGAAUACUUAGAAAUGGGUUUUUGUCAGUGUAUGAGCUGGACUAUGGCAAACAUGAGUUUGUCAGCAUACAGAAAGUACAGCCACUCCUGGAUACCUUCAGAAGACUACCUUUCCAAGCUAUCACAGCUCAGCUUGCAGGAGUGAAAAACCAGCAGUGGUCAGAAGAGGCAUCAAUAGUGUUUCGGAAUCUUGUAGAGAAGAAACCUUUUGUGGCACAAAUACAGGCAGUUAACGACAGCACUAACUCUUGGGAUCGAAAAAUAGUGACUUUUCUCGUGGACACAUCUCUUCCACAUAUCGAUACAUGGAUUCAUGAUUUUGUGUCUCAAAGUCUUGUGGAAUUUUCAAAGGGUGAUUAAUCAUCACUUAUGCAAUGUAGCAGCUUAGCAAUAAAAUAUGUAACAGGCUUUGAAGAGAAAUAUAACUACUACAUGGCCUUGAAGACAUAAUGGGGAUAAAAUUGAAAAAUCUGUGAUGUUUAACAAGUUUGGGUUCUGUUGACUUUCUGAAAAUUUUCACGUUGUUUACUAUUGUAAUGCUAGAAUAUUUGAGUUAAAUUAUUUUAAAAUUUAUCAAUAAAACAAUGUUAAAUUUUG